CAGCAGGAAAGGUGGGAAAGGGGGUACCUCGAGUAGUUCAGUGGCUACAUGUGGGCAUCUGCCGGUCGCGACGAGUCCAUUAACGUAUCGUAAUACGCAGAAAAGUACAUUUUUUAACACCGAGUGCCAAGGGCUAUUAAUUGCCAACAAAAUGCAGAUGGAUUCAACAACUUUACAAUUGAUUCAAGUCCUUGAAAAGACUGUUUCGCCAGAUAAAACAGAACUUGAGGCAGCACAAGUAUUUUUGGAGCAAGCAGCUCUUACGAAUUUCAAUGAAUUCGUUCAACGGCUUAGCGGCGUGCUGGUUACCCCUGCUGCCAGUGCUGUUGCACGAAUGGCAGCAGGAUUACAACUCAAAAAUCAAUUGACUUCAAAAGAUUUGACCCGUAAAUCUCAGUACCAACAGCGAUGGCUCGCAAUUCCCGCAGAUAAGAGGGAAUUUAUCAAAACCAAUAUUUUAGGAGCACUUGGAACAGAAAACAAUAGACCAAGUUCUGCGGCUCAAUGCAUUGCUUAUGUUGCCGUAGCUGAACUUCCAGUUCGAGAAUGGAACGAUCUCAUUCCCUAUCUGGUUGAGAAUGUGACAAAAGUAAAUAGUACAGAAAUGGUAAAGGAGGCGACACUUGAAACAAUUGGUUAUAUUUGUCAAGAAAUUGAAAGCGAAGUGCUUAUAGCGCAAUCGAACCAAAUACUGACAGCCAUUAUUCAUGGAAUGAAGAGUUCAAAUACAUCAAAUCAUGUACGACUUGCGGCAACGAGAGCUCUCUUUAAUUCCCUCGAAUUUACCAAAGGAAAUUUUGAAAUAGAGACUGAAAGAAAUUUUAUCAUGGAAGUAGUAUGUGAUGCUACAUUAUCCCCAAAUACACAAGUCAGAGUUGCUGCGUUACAAUGCCUUGUUAAGAUUAUGUCUUUGUAUUAUCACUACAUGGAACCGUACAUGAGUGUUGCUCUCUUUCCCAUAACUUUGGAGGCAAUGAAAUCCGACACAGAUGAGGUGUCACUUCAGGGAAUUGAAUUCUGGUCGAACAUAUCCGAGGAGGAAGUGGACUUGUCGAUGGAGGAAGGUGAGGCGAACGACUUGGGACAACCUCCAGUUAAGGUGUCCAAGCAUUAUGCAAAGGGAGCUUUGCAGUACUUGGUGCCAGUGCUUAUGGAGAAACUAACAAAGCAAGAAGAGUGCGACGAUGAGGACGAUUGGAAUCCUUCAAAAUCCGCCGGUGUUUGUUUAAUGCUACUAGCCUCGUGCUGCGAGGAGGCUAUAGUGCCACACGUUCUUCCGUUCAUCAAGGACAACAUAAAGAAUCCAGACUGGCGAUAUCGAGACGCAGCCCUGAUGACCUUCGGCUCGAUUCUCGGUGGUCUCGAGUCCACGACUCUGAAACCACUCACCGAACAAGCAAUGCCAACUCUAAUAGAACUCAUGUACGACAAUAGUGUGGUGGUGAGGGACACUGCCGCGUGGACAUUCGGCAGAAUAUGCGAAGUCAUUCCAGACGCAGCGAUCAACGAAACAUAUUUGAAACCGCUGUUGGAGUCGUUUGUGAAUGGAUUGAAGGCUGAGCCGAGGGUUGCCGCGAAUGUCUGCUGGGCUUUCUCGGGUCUCGCUGAGGCGAGUUACGAGGCCGCGGAGAGCGCCGAUGAAAGCGGAACGCCUGAUACUUAUUGUAUGUCGCAAUAUUUUGACUUUAUAAUUCAGAGACUUUUGGAGACGACCGAUCGUCCGGAUGGAGCGCAGGCGAACUUGAGGUCGGCCGCUUAUGAGGCGCUUAUGGAGAUGGUGAAGAAUUCGCCGAGGGACUGCUACGUGACUGUGCAGAAGACGACGAUGGUGAUUCUGGAGAGAUUGCAGCAGGUUCUGCAAAUGGAGACGCAUAUACAGAAUCACUCGGACCGGGCGCAGUACAACGAUUUGCAGUCGCUUUUGUGCGCGACUCUGCAGUCGGUCUUGAGGAAAGUGAGUCCGGACGAUGCGCCGCAGAUCUCAGACGCCAUCAUGGGAGCGCUUUUGUCAAUGUUCAAUUCGAACUCGUGCAAGUCGGGCAGUGUUCAGGAGGACGCUCUCAUGGCUGUGUCGACGUUGGUCGAAGUCCUCAGCGAAGGUUUCCUCAAGUACAUGGACGCCUUCAAACCAUUCCUAUUCCUGGGUCUCAAGAAUCACUCCGAGUACCAGGUCUGCUGUGCGGCCGUGGGCGUCACUGGCGACAUUUGUCGCGCUCUCAAGAACAAAAUGCUGCCAUACUGCGACGAGAUCAUGACCCUCCUCUUGGAGAAUCUCGGCAACAACACAGUUCAUCGCUCGGUGAAGCCACAAAUUCUCGCCGUGUUCGGCGACAUUGCCUUCAGUAUCGGACCGGAGUUCAAAAAGUAUCUGGACAUUGUUCUGCAGACACUGGCUCAAGCCUCUCAGGCCCAGGUUGACAAGAACGACUACGAUAUGAUUGAUUACCUCAACGAACUGAGGGAAGGUGUCGUCGAGGCCUACACUGGCAUCGUCCAAGGUUUGCGUGGCGACGACGAGAGCAACAUCAGUCCCGAUAUUAUGUUGCUCGAGCCACACGUGCCAUUUAUCAUCCACUUCAUCACGUCAAUUGCCCAAGACGCCGAUCAUUCGGAUGGCAAUAUUGCCGCUGCUUCCGGUCUCAUCGGCGAUCUGAUUAGAGUCUAUGGAACCAAAAUGUUGCCCAUGGUGGAAACUGAGGCAAUUACCGCAUUGCUGACCAAAGGUAAAAAAUCGCGCACCAGUAAAACGAAAACACUUGCACUUUGGGCCACCAAAGAAAUCCGCAGAGUAAAGAACACCGCAAACGCUACAUCUAGUUGAUCACCCCACAGUUGUACUGUCAUACGAUUUGAUUUGACUAGAAAGCUAUCGAACACAAUGCAAAGACAACAAGAUUGGAUGGUGCGGAUGCGAGUUGAUGGAUGUGCGUGAGUUCCAAAAAGCUAUGACAAUGAAAUAAUGAUGAUGAUGAUGGUGAUGAUGAUGAUGAGUCUGCACGUGUCCCCUGGCGACGAUGUUUAAUGAGCCGGUGGUUAUAGUCAAAAACAAAAACACCUGCCCACCGGAUCUAUCGACUGCAGUGGAUGACGAAGAGUGCAAGUGGAUAUGUUGCCGAUGAAUGAACCAAAAAAAAAAAAAAAUGAAACGCAGCUUUGUCAAAGUAUGUCUGAAAUCGAAACUGCGUCUUCUAACUGCGUGUCUGAUCCAUUGUACACAAUGGAAUACUCCGAUGGCCGAUGAAUCAAGUGAUAAAAAUGAAAUCUUCUGAAAGGAAGAGAGAAUGUUGUGAGAGAGAGCCAAAGCGCAGUGUGAGAAAAAUAGGCAUGUACGCGAAACGAAAAAAUGUGUAUAUCUGUGAUGAACGAGAGAAUGACACAAAUGUUUACAAGUGAUAAUUGAGAGAAAUUGUAGUCUUAAAAAGUUCGGAUGAGGACAUUUAGUAACAAACGCACUUUAAAAAUAUCGUUGUCGCUCAUUGAAUUUUCAUAUUUUCCCCUCUUUUUACAAAAAUGAUUUAAAAAAAGAAAAUAGUGCGUUUGUUACUGCACAAGUGAUGAUAAGUGAGAAUAGAUGAAAAAUUAAGUAAAUGAUGAAAAGUGAGAAUAGAUGAUUAUUAAGAAUAAACAAGAACCUUGCGUUCGACUUCUUUUUUUAGUGAGAGAAAACAAAAAAAAAAUAGGAACGCGAUAUUUUUGUUAUUAUAUUAUUGCGCGCGAUGAUCUGUGUGUUAAUUUUUUUCCGUAUGUGAAUGUCCGUUUACUGUUGAUUGAAAUAUAAAAAAAAAAUUUUUUAUUUUUUUUUCGCUCGAAUGUGUUAAUGAGAGAGAGAGAGAGAAAGAGAUGUAUUUUUAAAAAAAAUCCUCGUCCAAACUUUCUUUGCAGUGGUCGAGCAAAAGCUACUCAGAGUUCUUCAUUAUCCAGACAAAUUAUUUUUUAUUAAAAAAAGGCGAAGUCAUAACUUUUAAGUUUUUUUUUCUGUUUAUAUAAAAAUAGCGAUUACGCGUGAUGAAUAAUUUUUAAUUUUCUAUAUAUAUAUAUUUUUUUUUCCUUUUACCAUUGGCAAAAUCCAAUGCGAAAUAAUUUUCAAUAAAUCAAGUUAUUAAAAAAUCAUUCCAAAUCAGAAGCGGAAAUUCGAUUGCGGAACUUUUUGACUGUGUUUUCCUUUUUUCCUUCUUCUACAAAAUUAGCUUGUGUUGAAGUUUAACUGAAAAACAAAACUGUAAGACAAGUCAGUCUAUGUGCGGAAAGAAAAUGGACAUUAAAUUUCUUUUUUAGAUCAUCAAA